AUGUCCAAAUUCUUUAAAAUUUUUGAAUAUCUGUAUUUCCAGCGUGGUUUAGCAGAAGAGUAUUUGAUACAAGCAUUACAAAGUGUCUCAUCGGAAAACGAUAAAUUAUCAUCGAAAGCGCAACAGUGGCUUCAUGAUUUUGAUAUAAUGACGAGAAGCUUAAACGUGGAACGGUAUUGGAACUCAGUUCAAACAAAUGAAGAGCAUGAAACAACUCGGAUGAUGAAAGCAAAUUACAGUGAGAGAGAGAUGAAUUCAAGUAGCAAAACUCCAACAACUAUUGAGUUGGUCUAUGAUGGCUACAAAACUUCCUCUAGCGAGGAAUCAACAGAUGAAGCUAUACUCAUCGACCUAGUAAAAGUCGAAGAAGCGUACUCCAAAAUUAGAUCCAAAAUGCAUGUGGCGCUUGAGAGUGGUCGAAAAGUGAAAGAAAUAAUAUAUGAAUUCAGUAGAGAUACAACUCCUACUACUCCGAAGAUGUGA